GAAUGAAGAUUAUAGCAAUAUUCCUAAUGUUAAAUAUUGGCUACAUUUUGGGCUCUGAAACACUUGAAGAACUUAAUGCAGUAGCAACAAAACAAGUAAAAGAUAUGGUGGACAAGUAUAAACACUUGUCUGUUGGAAAUACUGAGUUCUCCCAGUGGAUUAAAAAACUUGACAAAGCAAGUAAAUCGAGUCCUAUGAAAGAAAAAUUUAAAGUCCGAGCUCAGUUUGAUAUUUACAACGAACGUCGCCAAGACUUGGAAGAUCGUAUUAGGAACCGCAUCAAAACGAUCGAUGAUCUAAUCAACAAACUCCUUGUUAUAAACACAAAGAAAAGUAAAAAGUGUCUUGGGUUUUAUCGAAGGCAGAAAAAAUCUCUUCAAAAGGCAUAUAACUUUUCGAAUGUAACAAAACGGGCUAACCUUUUGCAUAAUAAGAAACAAUGCGACCCAGAAAAUGAAAGUUAUGAAAGCUCUGAAUACGAUGAAUAUAGUUAUUAUUAAGCCAACACAAUAUCUUAAAAAACUAUAAAUAUGAUUAAAGAAACUAUAAAGAGAAA